AUGGCAGAACCACCAAAGGCCAAGGCAAGCGCUGCGAAGGUGCCGACAAGAGCGAUGAAGCGAAAACGGACCGUUGAAGAAGUAGCCUCUGAGGUGGUCGAAGAUGCAGUGCGCGAGAAGAAGCCUCGAACGGCCAGGAAGAAGGCGUCCACCCCCGAAAACUCAGAGUCGAUAGAAAUAGUAUCUGCAGUGGUGACGAUGUCAGAUCUCUGCCGUGACCUGCGCACCGGGAAAACGUCGAAACGCGAAAUGGAGCUUCGAACAAUGGACUGGGCAGAGAUCGCUAGGAAGAAGAAAGAAAGGGAGGAGAGGAGAAAAGGUGGUGAUGGAGAUCAAUCGGCGAAGAGGGAUUCUACAGACACGCCGAAACCCGUCGCGAAGACCUCGAUGCGUCAGUCGGCCGAAGUCACCGGUCCACAGAUGAGGAUUGUCAACGGCGAAAUUGUGCUGGAUGCCUCGUCAUUACAGAUUGAUCGUCACGCAGACGCCGACAGAAAUGCAGACGAUAUGGAGGAAGUCGAGGAAAACCCGCUCACGCGACGCAUAAAUGCAGCGUCGUUCGGGAAACGGACAAAGCUCGAAACGUGGGACGAGGCGAUGACGGAUCUAUUCUAUAAGGGGUUACGCAUGUUCGGCACGGAUUUCAUGAUGAUUAGCAAGAUGUUCCCUGGUCGGACAAGGCGGCAUAUAAAGCUGAAAUUCUCCAAUGAAGAACGAAAAGAGCCGGAGCGGAUUAAACGGACUUUGCUUGGCCCAAGAGAGCCAGUUGACUUGGAGGCUUAUUCUGAGAUGACGAAUACAGUCUAUGACGAUCCCAGAGCUAUACAACAAGAGCUAGACGAGGAGAGGAGGAGGAUUGAGAACGAGCAUGCCGAGGAGCAGAUGGCGCGUGAGGAACAGCUUCGAAAUCCUGGUGGGAAGUCUGGUGAUAAUGUGCUACCCAGUAUCGAGAAUGAGUCUCACGAUGCUCGGCGGCGGCGGGAGAAGAAGAAAGCGGACAAGGCGAAAUUCGGAGGAGGAACAGAGGAGAUUCUCGGUUCUAUUGAUGAUUGA